GUUCCGGUCUACGCCGGGUAUAAUUGAAAGCGCAUCCUGUGUGUCAUGUACCGUUGAUGUUUCUUCCAGUCGCUGCUGGUCAUCUUCAUAAACUACAACUUUACUCUGCAGUUUGACUGUUAAACAAGUCAGAGAAAUGUCUUCAGCUCAGACAUUUUCAGACCCAAACCAACACAAGCGUGUAACUGUUCAGUCCAACCCUGGAUUCCUGGAGCGAUUAAGUGAAACUGCAGGAGGAACAGUUGUUGGUGUCGGACUGUUUUUCCUCUCAUUCUAUGUCCUCUUCACCAAUGAGGGACGGGCUCUGCAAACAGCAUCUUCCCUGCAUGAGGGUCUCUCUCAGGUUGUGUCUUUGGAGCCUUUCUCCAACCUCGACCUGCAGAACAACAACCGUUUAGUUCAUCUGUCUACAGAGCUGCGCACCUCUCAGCCCCUCGUUGACCCCAACUACAGAGUGGUGGUGCAGGCGGUGAAGCUGAAGAGGCAGGUGGAGAUGUAUCAGUGGGUGGAGUACCGGGAGAGCAAGGACUAUCAAGAGGACGGUGAGACCAAAACCGAGACAACGUACAACUACAACACCGAAUGGAAAUCCGAGGUGGUCAACAGCCGUCAUUUCGAUAAAGAAAUUGGUCACCAGAACCCAAGUGCCAUGGCGGUUGAGAGUGUGACAGUCGAGGCUCCUGAAGUCAGAGUUGGACCUUUCAGACUGUCUAAAGGCCUGGUGGAGCAGAUAAAAGACUUCCAGACGCUGAGUCUGAGGGAUUUUUCCGCCUUUGACGUGGUACCUUUCCUCACCAUAGAUGACGACUAUUUCUAUCACACUCAAACCCCUCGCAGGCCGGAGGUUGGGGAUGUGCGUGUGAGAUUCUCCUUCGCUGGACUGAGUGGCGAGACGUCUCGACUCGGCCCGGCUCAAACUGUCAGUGUUGUGGCCAUGCAGAGAGGAGAGCAGCUGAUGUCUUUCAAAACCAAGUCAGGAGACACUCUGGAGAUCCUGUACCCGGAGGAGCUCUCUGCAGAGGAGGUUUUUGAGAAAGAGCUCCAGUACAACAGUAUGAAGACAUGGGGACUCCGGGCUGCAGGCUGGGCCCUCAUGUUCCUCAGUAUUCAGCUGACCAUGCGCAUCAUCUACACACUGGUGGAUUGGGUUCCCAUUCUCAGAGAGCUGGUGUCCGUGGGACUGAAGAUCUUCGCCCUGUGUGUCUCCUGCUCUCUGUCUCUUCUCACCAUCGCAGUAGGUUGGCUGUUUUACCGGCCGUUAGUGGCUGCCGCUCUGGGAGCACUAGCUCUGGUUCCGGUGUUUCUCGCCCGCUCACGACUUCCAGCCAAGAAGAACGAAUGACUAGUAAACUGAUGACUGGCUAUAGCUAUUCAUCAGAGGAAUGAGAAGGUACAGUAUUAGGCUAAUCCUAAAUCAAUCACUGUUCAAGGGGCUUGAACAUAAUAUUUUUGUAGCUACAGCGGGCAUCACUUCAUCACCCUGGAGCUUUAUUCAUGG